UCACUCCAUUGCAGGUUGGCAGGCGCGAGAUAUUGAUGUCUGUGAUUGAAGGGAAAACGGAAGUUGAUUUACAAAGCAUCAAUAUUAUAAAUAUCGAUGAUGUUGCGUCUAAGACAGAGGGGUAUGUUCCAAAAGACAUGGUGACAUUAGUAGAGAGAGCUAUACAUGCAGCAAGUACAAGAGAGAUGGACGUCAAACCAUCUGAUAUCAUGCUGACUGAAGAUGGAGAGAUGGGAGAGUUGCUCCUGACUGACUUGGAUAUGGAAUGUGCUCUGAAAGACUUCACACCAAUGUCAUUACUGAACGUGCCGUUACAUGAUGCUGGUUCGCUUGGAUGGGAGAGUGUUGGUGGUCUACAUGAGAUAAAAGAGGCUCUAAUAGAAACUUUACAAUUACCAUCUAAGUUUCCAGCUUUAUUUUCAAAUAGCCCAUUACGACUAAGAUCAGGAAUAUUAUUGUAUGGUGCUCCAGGUACAGGCAAGACUCUAUUGGCAGGUGUGGUUGCCAAGGAAUGUGGAUUACACUUUAUCAGUAUUAAG